AUUACGGUAUAUAUUUUGUACCAGACAGUGCCAAUCAUUUAGAUUAUGACGUCAUACCUUCGUUUGCCAUUUUUACAAUUUGUAAUGAUGGGACUGCCGAUUCUGAUGAAAAACGGUUUCAAGUGGACAUCGUGCCGAACCCCGCCCCAGUUCCUACUAUACCAUCUUCAGUUGACGUAGAUGCCGAACUUACUAAAGCAGGUGUGGUUUUUCAAACAAUAACAGCCACGGACGCUUCUACACAUCCGGACGGAGCUACAGAUACUCUGACGUUUUCAAUGGAUAACAAUGGAUGCCCCUUUGCUAUGGAUUCGAACGGAGAAAUUUAUGCUACUGAAGAUUUAAACGCUUACAGAAACACCCCGUGCGUUGUCGAUAUAACUGUUACUGAUUCUUGGGAAGGCGUGACGUAUAAUACUGUUGGCCCUACGCCAAUGACAAUUCACAUAACAAAUAUAAACCACCCUCCAAAUAUUACAAACCCGUCAGCAGUGUUACCAGAUAUUGAUACGGUACAUGUGUUUGAAAAUACGGAUGAAGCUGAUCCUUGGGCAAUCGGUGAAACAAUAUCUGUGUUCACUCCUGCCGGAUUUGAUACCGACGCUGAUACAUUGACAUGGGAAAUGGAAUUCGUGAAUGGUAUAGGGGAGGAGUAUUUCACAUAUGAUCCCGCAACUGGCGAAAUAACAACCACGCAAGAUCUCGAUUAUGAAACAUUGAGUAGAAAUGGUUUAUUGACAACACAAGUAGAUAUACGAGUGUAUGACCAACGUGAAUAUUCCGAAUGGAGACGGUUUAAUAUUAUUGUAGACGACGUGAAUGAAACACCUGAGUUUGAUCAGACGGUUUACCAUAUAGAGACGCUGGAAGGAACGGAUACAACGGUGACAUUGGACUGUCCAAGUUUUUCAGUCACAGAUGAAGAUCUGUAUGAUACUCGUACCUAUGACCUAGAUUGUGGUGGUGUCGGCAUAUUUCAGUUACCAACAACACGUACACCUACUUGUGAUGCUUUCAUACAACAAUUGGAGGAACGUGAUCUAGAUGCGCUAGGUUUAGAGAUUGAGGAAAUAUCAUGCGAAGUAACUGUAUAUGAUAAAUUGGGUCUAUUUGACACAACUGAGGUAAGGAUAACAAUACAUGAAGACAAUGAUAAUCCUCCAGUGCUGAGCCAAUCAUCAUUUGUUUACACAAUUACCAACGACUCAUUGCCCGAUUUAACAUUUGGUUCGUUUUCCUCAACUGACAUAGAUAUUAAAGAAGAACACCAAAUAGUUACAUACACAACAAGCUCCAGUGAAUUUAUCGCAGAUGCAAAUGGUGCUUUUGUAAAUACAAGAGACUGGACUGGAGUGAACGCGAAUCCCCAAAUUACAAGACAAUUCACCCUUACUGCUACAGACAAGGCUGGUAAUACAGACACGGCUGACGUCACAGUACAUAUCAUAGAUGUACCAGAUCCUACAACAACGACCACACCUCCUACAACUAUAGCGGCGACUUAUGACGAGAUAAGUAGUUUUCUGGACGACCCUGGGAACUUUGCAUGGAUGAUAGCAGCCCUUCUCCUCGGCCUGGGGAUGCUAGGCCUAAUGGGGUACAUGUGUUUCCGCUGCUUUAGUACUCCAGGAGCAUGUCUAAACACAUGCAGAGGUGGUGGCGGUAGAAGCUGCUUUGGCAGAGGUGCUCGCGGUGGUCGCGGUAGUCGGUGGUUUGGUAGAAGAACAAUGGUCAAGCGUGCUCCACAGCAAAAACGAGUAGUGAGUAAGCCUAGAAAAAUCCGUGUUGUAGAGGAGCGAGAAAGGCCAGUGCGAGUAGUGGAGAAAAGAAAACCAGUUAAAAUAAUAGAGGAGGAAAGACCCGUUAAAGUCGUUGAGAAGCCGACACGAGUCAUUGAAGAACCUGUAAAAGAACCAAUUAUAAAUGAACCAGUGAAAGAAGCACCAGCUGAGAAAAAGAGCAGCUUUUUUGACAGAUUUAAAUCCAAACCUAAACCUCCUGAACCCAAAGCUGUGGAUAAACCAAAGGAAUGGCAUCUAUGGGGUGAAAAGGACUUUAUGUCAAAUGAUAAAUGGGUUGGCUGAAACUCGUUUUAAAUGGACUGGGUUGAUAUUACAUUGUACGCGUUGUACACUACAGUAUUUGUGAUAUUUAUAUUUAUUUAUAUCGACUUCCUGAAAGAGAUCAUGAUAAUUUCUAGAAUUCCUCAUCGACAUCUUGACCAACACAUUGUAUGUUAUUCUAGAAAAAACCAACAACAAUAGAUUUUCAUUUUGUGUCUGUACAAG